AUAUGAAUUGAUUUUGUGCUACUGUCGAACAUACAACAAAGGUACAACACUUAAGAUUUUUGUGUCGCCGUCUUCCAUCUGUGUUUAAGUAAAAUUCUUUUUUCAAAGUCAUUAUCAGUGUCUGUGUCCAUGGUAGUUUAAAUCGAUUAUAUUUAAGUUAAUUUAGAAGGGGACAAGUUAAAGCCAUAGCAAUAUGAUAGACACAGAGAAGAUUUCCUCAGGAGUGGAUGCCGCCUGUUCAAACAAGAGUGAGAAGAAAGAGAACGAAAAAAAGAAGAGAUCUCGGGUGAAACAGCUGCUGGCUGAAGUGAAGAAGCAGGUGGAAUUCUGGUUUGGUGAUGUAAAUCUUCACAAGGACAGAUUCAUGAAGAAUGUCAUCGAACAGUCACGAGAUGGAUAUGUUGACAUAUCCAUGCUGGCAUCAUUCAACCGAAUGAAAAAAUUGACUUCAGAUGUCAAAUUGAUAGCCAGGGCUCUUAAAAAUUCAGCAACAGUGGAGGUAAAUCUUCAGGGAACACAUGUUCGACGUAAGGAUCCACUUGGUGAAAGCCCAAAAGAUGUGGACAACCGCACAGUUUAUGUGGAGUUGUUGCCAAAGUCAGUGACUCAUGUUUGGCUGGAAAGAGUGUUUAGCAAGUGUGGAAAUGUAGUUUAUGUUAGCCUCCCCAGGUACAAGUCCACAGGACACCCUAAAGGGUUUGCGUUUGUGGAAUUUGAGACAGAGGAACAAGCACAAAAGGCUAUUGAGAUGCUGAAUAAUCCUCCAGAAGAUGCUCCAAGAAAGCCAGGCAUCUUCCCUAAGACUUGUAAGAAAAAGAUUAUACCUUUUGAAGCUAUCCAAGACACACAAGGUUAUGAGGAGGAUGGCAAGAAAAAGAAGAAAAAAAGGUCUCAAAAUGAUCUCAGUAACAGUGCCUGUGAAGAAAUUAUUGUAAAUAAAAUGGACAGAGAAGGAAUGUCUGGGACUGCAGUUACCAAUGAGCCAAAGAAACAAUCAUCAGAUGAAUCUAAAAUGGAAAACCCUGCAAUACUAGUCAGCAGUGCAAGCAAGAAUGUUGAGAAGAAAAGACAAAGAUCCUGCAGUUCUGAGGCGUUAGUUGGAGAAGUCCAAGAUGAGAUGCAGUCCAAAAUAAGAAAAGUAGAAGAGGAGGAAUACAAGGAGAGUGAGAUGAAAGGUAGAUUUAAUUUAUUCAUUUAUUUUUUAUUUUUCAUGAUAUUUGCCAAGUAAGGUAACUCAUGCUUGGAAUUGGUGCUGUGCAUUUCACCCAUCCAAGUGCACACACAUAGUAGGGAGUAGGGGAACACACACACACCUGGAGCAGUGGGCACCUUCCAGUGCCAGGGAGUAACUGGGGGUAAAUUUAUAUUUAAUAUUUGAAAAUAAAUUUCAAAUAUUAAAGUGUUAAAGACAAGUAAACAGUCAGUAAUAAGAUAGGAUCAAACAAAUCAAUAAGCAAUAUCAUAAAUACAACUAAACUAAAUUUCGGGUACAUAAACUGUAUUUAAAUGUUUAAAAACACUGCAUAUUUUUCUUUUUAUAAAUAAUAUAAAUAUGAAUCAAUUAAAGUUAUUAAAUAUAUUCAGUCAAGAUCAGUGAAUGAUUUUCUUUUGUUCUUUGAAUUACAUUAAUGACAGGCAGCGCGUUUAUUAGGCUGUUGUCUCUUUAAGCAAAAAGUAGGACUAGGGGAUAAAUCGAUUUUAGCGUUUAUCUCGAAUUUGACGUUAAGGGCGAUUUGUUUUUAAUGAAAAUCGGUUUUCUCUUUAACUUCCACCACCGGCUCUCCCCUUAGGCUUCCGUAGUUCAGAGUGGGCUCGCCUUCCCCCCGCUUUCCUAACAGCCGCACACAGACAACAUGACAGUUAACAGCGCAGAGCUCGUUCCAAAGAAAGGCACCGUUUAAUCCGUUGUUUGGAAUUGGUUUGCUUUUUUAUUGUCAGACACAGAACAAAUAACGGCACAUUGCAAAGUGUGUUUAAAAGCCGUUGCUACAAAAGGUAGCAGCACAACAAAUUUAUUCCAGCAUCUUAAACAGUAGGGAUGGGUACCGAAACCCGGUAUUAAACUGGCCCCGGGGCUAAAUUAUGAAAGACCGUAGUAUCAGUAAGAUCUGACGCUAUCGGUUCUGAUUUCGGUACUGGAGGGAAAACAAUUAUGUACUAUGUAUUUUUUCUUAAUAAUGUUAUCAUGCACAUUUUAUCUCACCAAACAUUUCUAAUGUGUGAUCAUAUUAAGUCGUUUGUCUGUGAGAUCUGCGAAAUCUGUCAUGCUCGCCGCGGAAGCUGUCAGUCAGUCACACACACACACACACACACACACACAACAAGAACGAGCGCGGCGCGCACACACGAAUAACAGAACGAAAACUCCCGCUAAAUAAUAAAGAGUGACGAUGGCGAAAAGAUUUGCUUAAUAAUGUUAUCGUGCACAUUUUAUCUUACCAAACAUUUCUAAUUUGCGAUAUUAAGAAGAUUGUCUGUGAGAUCUGCGACAUCUCUCAUGCGCGUCGCGGAGGCUGUCUGUCAGUCACAAACACACAACAAGAACGAGCGCGGCGCGCACACACGAAUAACAGAACGAAAACUCACGCUCAAUAAUAAAGAGUGACGAUGGCGGAGAGAGCAAAACGUUCCAAAGUUUGGUUAUACUUCACUAGCGUUAGGGUGACCAAAUGAGAUUAUUCAAAGAUCAACAGUCUGUCUAGUGUGCCACAAAAAACAACAACAUUAAAAUCAUGAACUCAAAUGUCAAUGUAAAAAGAAAAAAAAAGAAAAAAUCAAUGACUGUUGUAACAGUGCGUAAAGCAGACCUUUCUGUAAUGCUAACGCUAAUGAGUUUAAAGUUUUGUUAGCACUUUAUGAAUACCACUGUGACAAGUAUGUAUUUUUGUAAUAGAUCUAAUUUUGUCAUUUUGGUUACAUUUAUUUAACCAAAAGUUUUUUUAUCAAAGAGGGACACACAAUUUAAUUUUUUAUUUAUAUUUUA